AUGGGUGAACAGAAUAAAAGAGUUGCCAUUGUAACAGGCGCGACUUCGGGCAUUGGAGCCGAUAUUGCCAGUGACCUGCAUUCGCGCGGAUGGAAAGUCGCCUGUGUUGGCCGCCGAACCCAGGCUGGAAACGAUCUAGUGCAGAGCCUGGGUGAGAACGCACGUUUUUUCCAGGCAGAUGUCAGCAACUAUCAGAGCCAGGCUGCCGUCUUCAAAAACGUUUUCCAGUUAUGGGGGAGAAUUGAUGUCCUGUGCGCGAACGCUGGCGUGGGUGACCAGUCCUCGCUUUAUCUUCUUAACCGGCGUGAUAAAGGCGUUGAGGACGUCCCUCCAGAGCCGGACCUUUCUUGCACUGAUAUAAAUUUCAAAGGUGUCGUAUAUGGCACUGUAUUAGCAACGCACUUUAUGCGGCACAACAGGCCCGAGGCGGGCGGAAGGAUUGUGGUAACCGGCAGUAUCGGGGGUAUUUUCCCUCAUAGAACGUAUCCCGAAUACAGUGGGACCAAGGCAGCAGUCAAUCAAUUUGUUCGUGGCGUUGCACCAAUGUUGAAGGCCAAGGAUAACAUCCAUAUAAACUGUGUCUUGCCCGGUAUUGUUGCCACGCCCAUUGUUCCUCCUGAAAUGAUCGAGGCUGUGGCUCCGGAAUGCCGGACUCCGAUGAAGACGGUCCUCGACGCAGUCCAAAUAUUCUUAGAAGAUGAAACGGGCAUGGCUGGUGAACUGCUAGAAUGCUCCGCAGAUAAACUGAUCUAUUAUCAUCUUCCAGAGUUGGGCAAUGGGCAUAUCACCAAACGGGCUGUCACCGUCUGGGAACCGUUGUUCAGGCUGGCGCAUGGCGAGAACUCUGAUCUCCCGGAUGCAAUUCCAGACAUCAGCCCAUUUAAUGGCUCUUCUUUGGGUGCUCCACGAGAUGCCAAGCUCUGA